AUGCCGCAAAGUCCUCAAAUUGUACCUGUGAGCCUUUACACCUUUCCACCGUCAAUAGCUGCCACGAUGGAGGCGGAUUCGUCCAGAUUUGGGAUAUCGCCAGGCACGGGCCAAGCUCGGCAAUGCUACCAACAGGUGCCUGUCUUCUUUUUUGACAAGGCCCUGGGCGCACAGUUUGAUAAGUUAAUUUAUCGACCAUUACGCAAAGUGAACAUCCUCGCAGGUCAUUGUCCUAUCUUGAUCUUGGUAGUGGACGUAUUGGAUGAAUGCGAGAAAGAGGUUGACAUUAAGACUACCUUCUAA